AUGCUACAGAAGUCCAAGUCUUUGGCCUAUGUUAAGGUAGACAACGCUCCGUUGACUGUAAGUAUACCACUGAAAACGCUUUACCCACAACGAAUAUCUAUAAUAUACGAAAAUCCCUUAAAUAAUAAUAUCGCUCCAUUAUAUUAUGACCAAAUCAUCCAACCGCUCGUUUAUAAACCUUGUUACCUACAGAGCUUAAUACCCUAUAUAACAUAAAGUAGAAUCACAAUAUUAAACCUGAGCUUAUUAAAGCCGCUGAACGACGACAAAGAUGUCAGACCCCCAAUCGAACGUCGCUACUACAGUAAAACCAGUCCAGACUACCCCAGUAACUACUUCCUCGGCCAAAUGAGUGUAGAUGACCAUUGGUUUGAUACCUACAGGAAGUUCAGCCCCUUACAGUACCGUAGCAUGUUCCCGAGAAGGUACUACGCCUACGGAGACUACGUACCAUCGUAUCCGUUCUACUGGUCGUACCCUGACACUUACUUCAACCGUUACAAAAAGUAUUUGUAAGUAUUUCAACGUUGUCAAGUAUAUCUCACUCAAAUUGUCAUUACAUACAUCUUGUACUAUCUUACCACAAUUACUUGUGUUUUAGCGGAAAGUCAGUCACGCCCUUCCCAAACUACAGCCAACGCUACGGUGACUCCUACUACCGACCAGAGAUACGGUCCAGCUACUACUCGCCUUACAGAUCCUGGGUUAUGUCAUUGUAA